UUCUGACACAGGUGUUAAAUAAAAUAGCUUAAAGCUUAUUUUUUUUGUUUUAAGAUAAAAGUCUGAAUUCAUGCAAAAGAUAAUAGUUGAAUCAAUAUUAAAUGAAUACAUGUAAAUUAGUUAACUGCAAGAAACAUCAAUGUUGCUCCACCUCUAGUGCCCUAUGUGCUCAGUAGCUAUAAUAAUAAUACUAACAACAACACUUCAAACUGCAUCGCAAUCGAACGCGGCAAUCCAAAGAUGACACUGACCGUGUGUGUCAGUGAUUAUUGGCAGCAUCGCCAUUACUUUAAUCAACAGCCGGCUAACAGUCCAGUGCGUCGACUGUCCCUGCAACUGGACGCCAUCACUGCCAACUAUUUGCUACGCGAGCUGCUCCAGCAAAAAGUGCUCGCCCAGAAGCUGCAGCAGAACGAUGGUGUGGAGCUGCUGUGGCUGGCAUUGUCGCCCCCAGAGCGAGACACCAUCGACUACAAAUGGGGCGAGAUGUUGAGGCAUACGAUAUGGGAGCAUGUCGAGGUCGAGCAUCUAAUGUCCUGGCUCUCGACGCUGGGCGGCGGCUUCUCAGCCCUGGGCGAACAGUUCGAGCGAUGCGCGGAGACAGCGGGCAAAAUCUCGCUGCAACAGCUGACAAUCGGUCUGCGCCUGGGAGAUCCUUUUCUGCAGGCUCGCUGCAAACUCUACUACAGCAUAUCGUUAAUACAGCGCGGCCAAUUGCGUCAGGCGAAGCAUUUGAUACGCAGCCAGCAUCGUUUUGCACUCCAAUUCAAGGAGUACGAUCAACGUUUGAUGCGCAUGUGCCUCGGCAUCUGGUUGCGACUGCGCUUUGAGUAUGAGGAGCGGCGGAGUAGGCGUUGCCGUCAAUCCGCUGGACACAGUCAGUGAUAAACUCUUAUAUUUUUCGUUUAGGUUUUUUUUAUGCAGAAAGUUAGAGAGAGAGCGAACAAUUGUUUGAUGUUUUUUAGUCGUUUUAAGCUGAAAUAUAUACACAAUUCUAUAGAUA